AUGUCUAGACUUGUCUUCUAUCAUUGCGAUCUUAGCCCUAAGAACCUUCUUGUCGAUUUGUCGACCGGCUCGCUGGGCAUCAUCGACUGGGAGCUUGCUGGCUGUGUCCCUAUUGAAUGGAUUAAAAUGAAAUUGCGAGUCUCCGCAGGAAUGGAUUUCGACUAUUGGGAGGAUGACUCUAAAAAGGACUGGCGCCGCCAGGUCGCUCAGCAUCUGAAAAAGAUGGAAUAUAGCGAUGUUGUGGAUGCAUGGUGGGAGUUUCAAGACAGUUCAAGGACUAUAGAUAUAACCCAUCAACUAUAA